AUGGCAGAGGUGUGGGAACCGCCCUUCGAGUCGAGUCCGAGUCGUCCUGCAUCUUCAUCGCCAAAUCAUACGGGACCUGCCGGCCGCCAUCCCCUGAGUCAUCCCGAGCCCGUGGCUGACCUCGCGCUAUCGCAGAGCAGUUCCCACCCAGCAGCCUUGACCCGUCACGGUAAGCAAGAAGCUGGCCGGUUGGGUCCUGGCCACACCUAUCGCCUCUACUCCUCGGCUGCCUACGAGAACUACUUCGCAAAGUUUGCGCCCAUCCCAAUGCUACACACACCCAUGGAUCCCGUGCUGUUGCUGUUAGCUUUCCUCGGCGUGCCACGGUUGGACGUUUUCCCUUGGCCGACGCCACCCCCAAGUGAUGCAGUUGCCGCUGCAAUUCGCAGGCUCCGUGCUAUUGGAGCGAUCGAGGAUGAUGGCAGCAACACGGAGGGCUCCCGGGCCAGCUCCGCAGCGGUGAGGUGCACAAAGCUGGGGUACCGCUUAGCAGCGCUGCCUGUGGCCCCGAGAUAUGCCCGCAUGAUGCUGGCAGCAAUCACAGCCAGCGCGGAACUCAAGGCUCUGGCCUGA